CCAGACAGAAUACAUAGACACCCAGAUCUCCUCACCUUGACAGACAAGAGCUUACGGUGACACCAGGGAAAGUUAUACUCUACAGAACAACAAUAUCAUCCCAGCUCUUCUUAAACUCUUCAAAUCAAAAAAACAUAUUUUUGCACUGAGCAGGUCAACAUUUUGGAAUCCUUUUCUUAAAACUUGAUUUAGCUACUUCUCUCACUCUACAUUUGAGGCAGUUGUGGGCCUCUUUCUAACAACCUGCUGCCUUCCCCUUCCCAUGUAGUGCUCCGCUGUAGUUCCGUAGCUCAUCAGUUGGUCCAGGAUGUCGUUCAUGAUGAAGGCCAUGUUGGGGAGUAAGUUGAAGGAUAUGACUGGAGGAGGAGGAGGAGAGGUUGAGGUGCCAGCAGGCGAUGUGAAGGAGACCCCUGAGUCUAAAGGAAUGUCCAGAGAGGAGUUUGAGGACUACCAGCGACAGCUUAUAGAGGAGAAGAUGGAGCGGGACAAGGAGUUUGCCACAAAGAAGGCGGAGAGGGCCAACCUGAGGUCCUGCCUGCGGGACAAGUACCGCCUACCUGAGAGUGGCCAGGACGAAGCCAUGGUGAAGAUGGCGGGAGACGACCUGGAUCUCCCUGAGGACCUAGCCAAGAUGGUGGAUGAGGAUGAGGAGGAGGAGGCGGUGAAUGACUCACUACUAGGACAGCUACAUCAACUGCAGAACAUGGACAUGGACCAGCUGAAGACCAAAGCCCAGACCACCAUGACAGAGAUACAACAGGUGGCUGAGGAGAAGUGUGUCGUCAUGUGAAGAGUGAUCAUCAGACUUCUUCUACCCAUUGUUCUUUCUUCAGCAGUUAAGCAGUCCAUUGUGUGAACUUCUACGUCAAGUGGGAUUUACCCAACAAGCACCAAGCCUACGUCUUUGUUAUAAUUAUACAAUAUUGCAUGUUUAAUCUUCACAGAACCUCCUAAUCACUCUGUUAUUCAGUUGCCUCAGAAAAUAUGAAUUACUGAGGCGCUGUGAAAUCAUACUGUAUAUUGUUGCUAAUGACGAUCACCUCCUCUCUGUUCAACUUCCACACAGAAACAGAAUUAAUAGAAUAGACAAAGCCCCUCAGUCCAUGGGUAUUUGACUGGUACACUCAAUAUGGCCGCCGGUCCACCCAUCACAAAAUGUUGACUUCAAUGGGAAUAUCUGUUCUAGUAAUUAUAUUUUUAUGCAUCCACAUCCGAAACGGUUGAAACAGAGUCCAGACUGAGUAUUUGAACUUUCACACUAAUAAUUCUAUAUUAAACUGAUUAUGGCAGUAGGCCGAGAAAGGAAAAAGACAUGUAAACACCUUACUCUGCUUAUGUCAAUUGGCGUGAGGUCAAAAUCAAAGGAAGCAUACAUCGAUUUACAACACCUGGUUUUCUGAGCAUUCUUUCAAAUUGUUAGGCCAUGUAAACAGUUUAAUCGGCAUUCCAGUAGCAUUGCAGCUGUGUAUUUGCUUCCCUCUUAUGCACGAGUUAAGUGAGUUUAGGAAAUACUGAAAGUCUGCAUCUCAGAAGUAGUUUACACAUGCAAACUUUAUAUGUACAAACUCAGAAUCAAAUAGGCUUCGAAAAAUUACAUGGUCACUGGGGUUGAACGUUUAUUUUGAUUCACGAUUUUCUUCAUUAAUAAAAGUCUCACAGGAUUAUUAGGGAAAUCGUUUAUCCUCUAUGGGAUUGUGUGUGCC